AUGGUUCUGGAGACGCCACUUCUCAGAGUCAGCCGGCCUGUUGCCGCUUGUUCGCGAUGUCGAGCAGCCAAGGUCAAAUGUGAUGGCAAGCUGCCAGCCUGCACAGCAUGUGAGAAGUCGAAUCGUGCUUCAGAAUGCUCAAGCACAAACGAUCAAUUUGCACGAGGAAAGGAGCGGAGCUAUGUCGCCACACUCGAAGCACGUGUCGAGAGACUCGAGAAGAAGAUCUCAGAGUCAAGAAAUAGGAGGAAAUCAUCCACGGUCGUCAUGUUGGAUUCCUCUGAAGCUUCGACACCUCGCAGGACUUCGGUCGACGCUCUAAAAACCCCAAGACCUAUCAGCAAGCGUGCAGCGCGGCGGAAGGAAGCAUCGCAGAUUGACGAGCUGGUCUCAGAUUUCGGUCUUCUCGCUGUCAAUGCAACGGCAAGAGGCUUUUAUGGCUUCACCACCGAGAUGUCGUAUGCACGACUGAUCUUGUCAGCAGCUGCCAAGGAAGCUCUACCAACAGGGCUACACAAAGCCUUACCUGCGAAGUUUGCUGCAAAACCACUGAUCCAGCACUUCUUGAACAAUAUUUUCACCUUGAUCCCGGUAUUUGAAGAAGCGGCAUUGUAUGCCUCGGUAGGUGCCAUCUAUCAACAGGGUGAUGUCGCAACGCCUUGGGACCGCUGGGUCGUACGCAUGGUUCUGGCAAUCGCCUGCAUCUCCCAAUCCGAGCAGCGGGGUGACACCCAUUACUCGGACGCAGUUGGUCACGUCAAUGCUGCUCUCGAAAACGCCGAGGAUGUCCUUCAUCCUGGCUAUGUCACAAGCAUUCAAGCUCUGGUCUUGUUCACCAUCUAUGCUGCCAUGGAUCCGCACCAUUUCGACAGUUGGACCCUCAUCGGUGCGGCUUCAAGAGCGAUGGUCGAUCUGGGUAUUCAUCAAGAUCCUUCUAAGGAUGUUGUGGUAACGAAAGGCAAGCUUGAGGUGAGACGGCGAGUCUAUUGGUGUGUCUACGCUAUUGACCGGUCGACUUCCCUUGUCCAGACCAGGUCCUUCUCAUUCUCGGAUGAGGCUACUCACGUUGCAUUCCCCUUCCACAACAACGCUACGUCACCUAGAUACAGCUCACCUCGGUCGGUUGUCUUCCUGCAAAAUUUCGACUCAGCACUCGAUCUGUUCAGGAUGCGUGAGAUCCAGUCUGAGUGGUACAUGGACCUCUUCCAGUCCGGACGUAAGCCUUGGCCGGAGGCAUAUUCAUACAUCUGGAAGCAGUACGCCAAGAUGACAGACUGGUUCAACAGUAUCUCGCAAAGUACUUUGCCAGCUUUCAAGGCUGGAUUCGAGCUAGAGUUGCUUUACAGCUACGUCUACAUCCUUUCGCCAAGUCCACGCAUGCCACACAUCGACGAGUACGCCCAACGCCUCAUCUUUGAGCACUGCAUCUCCUACUCUAUCAACAUGCUCGCUAUUCUCACCGAGACGUUGUCGACAACGAAAACACCCCUCACCUUCUACGAUGCUAUGCGAGCGUAUAUGACUGGCAGACAACUUGUUGAUGUGCUCUCACGCAAUCCGGACGUAAUUCUCAACCCAAUACCCCCUUCUCUACCAGCAACUACAAGCUCACUCAUGGCUUCGGAUGAUCCACUCGCGCCUGCUGCUCAAGUUGGACCGCCGCCGUUUCCCACGCCUCAGAUGUCUGACGGCCAGACUACUUCCCUUGAUCCAACAGUGCGCGCCAUCAACGCUCUCAACGACUUUACUCAGAUCUUGUCCAACUUCGGUCUCCGUUUCGGCUUUACGCAUUGGCGGGAUCGCUUCCAGAGAGAGUCCGCCACGCUAUCAGCGCAGCUCUACCAACGAAAAUCAACAUCACCACACACAUCUCCGUCACACCAGAUGCCUCCCACGGGUUACCAUCCUCAGUGGGUCCCCAUGCCGUCCGUCUCGCCGCACGCACCUGGAAUGAUGUAUCCUGGUCCAACCACACCUCCGUCUCUGUUCCCGCAACAGAGCAGCCCCUUCUCAGGAUCUAUAUCCUACACAGGCAAUCCGUUCGACACGGCGACGAGUCCCUACCAGCAGACGAUGUCUUACGAAAACCCUCCCCAGCCUCAGCCCCAGCAGCACAUGUACGCAACGCCUUCUCCACAGCCGAUUCCCGAAAUGCCACAACCGACCGACGGAAAGCGUAGGGCAGUGGUCUAUGGCCCUGUACUAGCUCGGCAGCAGCGCGGGGGGCAGGGCCAAGAAAGCGGUGUUGCACACUCGCAUGCAGCUCCGCAGGACGGAACGCACUGGCCACAGGCACAGCAUCAGCAGGCGCCAAGCCAGGUCGACAACAGUUGGACGCAAAGCACGACUCAUGAUGGCGGCGCAGUGCAGUGGAGCCAGGACACCGGUCGCGGAACCUGGGGGUGA